GUUUCUUAACAAAAAAACUUGUACAGGAACCUGGAGAACUCAUGCUGAAGCCACACCCGAAGAUGUCAUCCGAAUUCCUCACGAAGGGGUUGGGCUAAUUCAGAUCGCGACUUUAAGUGUUAAUCCUUGUACCGCGUAUCGUAUGUUGAAGGAUUUCGUGGAUUUUAAGAAAGGAGAUUAUAUCAUUCAGAAUGGUGCAAAUAGUGGCGUUGGUCAAGCCGUAAUUCAAAUUGCCAAAGCAUGGGAUAUUAAUACAAUUAAUGUCGUGAGAGACAGACCAAACUUUCAAGAGCUCGCCAAUCGACUUAAAUCUCUUGGCGCAACAUACGUGGUUAGCGAUAAGGAUCUACUAUCGAAACAGCGAAAUGAGUUCGAAUGGCAUAGGGAGACGGAGGAAAAAGGAAUUGUUUUAGGGUUAAAUUGUGUCGGCGGGAAAAGCUUAAUCAACAUGACAAAACUUCUCAAGCAUUCGAGUCCAGUAGUGACCUAUGGGGCAAUGUCACGACAGCCGCUUACCAUUCCGGCCUCUCAGUUAAUAUUCCAAAAUUUAAAGUUUCGAGGAUUUUGGAUUUCAUACUGGAACCAAGUUAACCCCAGAGAAAAGAGAGAGCAAAUGUUGAAUGAAGUGAUUGAUUUGAUUAAACAAGGGAAGCUGGGUGAUGUCGCAUAUGAAGAAAAUCAAUGGGGUAAAGAUGAGAAUCAUCACGGAUUUUUGGAAAUUUUAAAGAAAGCGGAAGAAGAGUAUAGAGGUAAGAAGCAGAUCGUUAGGAUGGUCGAAUGA